AUGCAGGAACAAUUUGAACCCCUCAAGAAUGAUCUGCUGUUGCGGGCUGCCCGAGGCGAGAAGGUGGAGCGCCCACCGAUGUGGGUGAUGCGUCAGGCUGGUCGUUAUCUCCCUGAAUAUCAUGAAGCGAAGGCCAACCGUGACUUCUUCGAGUGCUGCCGCUCGCCCGAAAUUGCCUCGACCCUCACUAUUCAGCCAAUCGAUCGAUUUGAGGGCCUCAUUGAUGCGGCCAUUAUCUUCUCGGACAUUCUGGUCAUCCCUCAGGCUAUGGGAAUGGUCGUGGAAAUGGUUGACAAAAAGGGUCCGCAUUUCCCCGAGCCUCUGAAGUCACCCACGGAUGGCCAGUAUGAAAAGGUGAUGGCGAAGGAUGUGGACGUGAAAGGAGAGCUGGACUACGUGUACAAAGCGAUCUCCUUGACACGGCUUAAGCUGAAGGGCCGUGUACCCUUGAUCGGAUUCUGUGGCGCCCCAUGGACGCUUCUAUGCUACAUGGUCGAAGGUGGGGGCAGCAAGAUGUUCGUGCAGUCAAAGACGUGGGUUUACAAGUACCCGAAGGAGUCACAAGCCCUGCUGCAAAAGAUCGCUGAGAUCUGUGUGGAGUACCUGGCUCUCCAAGUUGCGGCGGGUGCUCAGUUGGUACAGGUAUUUGACUCCUGGGCUGGCGAGCUGUCACCUGCCUCCUUUGCCUCCUUUUCUCUCCCAUACCUGCGCUAUAUCUCUGCCAACCUUCCCACUCGCCUGAAGGAGAUGGGAUUGGAGCCCGUUCCUAUGACUGUGUUUGCUAAGGGUGCUUGGUACGCCCUGGAGGACCUGUGUGAGUCCGGAUACAACGUGGUCGGUCUGGACUGGCUCCAUGACCCGGCUGAGGCCUUCAAGGUCGCCAACGGUCGAGUUGUCAUUCAAGGCAACGCCGAUCCCGGAAUGCUCUACGGUAGUCGGGCUGCCAUUACCGCUACUGUGGAGCGCAUGGUCGAGGGAUUCCAAAAGGGCAAGCAGGGCUGGAUUUGCAACCUUGGCCACGGCAUCACCCCAUUCGUGAACCCGGAUGACCUUAAAUUCUUCUUCGAGGAAGUACACCGCCUGACGAAAUAG